UUCUGUACAAGUAUUGAUUGUUGCAAGUAGGUGACUUAAAGCCUACAAUGUCAGCCCUACGGCGAAAAUUUGGCGAGGACUAUCAGGUGGUAAACACCAACCGGAGCAUGACUUUUUCCGCACCGGUAAAGAAAAAGAGGCAGCGGUUUGUGGAGAAGAACGGCCGCUGCAAUGUCCAGCACGGUAACCUUGGGAGCGAAACCAGCAGGUACAUCUCUGAUCUCUUCACCACGCUGGUGGAUCUAAAGUGGCGAUGGAAUCUACUCAUCUUCAUCCUCACUUACACAGUUGCAUGGCUGGUCAUGGCUUCAAUGUGGUGGGUGAUCGCCUACAUCCGCGGCGACCUGAGCCACGGCGGCCACGACUCGUCCUACACCCCGUGCGUCGCCAACGUGUACAACUUUCCCUCUGCGUUCCUGUUUUUCAUCGAGACGGAGGCGACCAUCGGCUACGGCUACCGCUACAUCACGGAAAAGUGCCCGGAGGGUAUCAUCCUCUUCCUCUUCCAGUCGCUGCUGGGGUCCAUCGUGGACGCUUUCCUGAUAGGCUGCAUGUUCAUCAAGAUGUCGCAACCCAAGAAGCGCGCAGAGACGCUGAUGUUCAGCCAGGACGCGGUCAUUUCGCAGCGAGACGGGAAGUUGUGCCUCAUGUUCCGAGUGGGAAACCUGCGAAACAGCCAUAUGGUUUCCGCGCAAAUCAGGUGCAAACUCAUAAAGUCUCGGCAGACCCCAGAGGGAGAGUUCCUGCCCCUGGACCAGUGUGAGCUUGACGUAGGUUUCGGAACAGGGGCGGAUCAGCUUUUCCUGGUGUCGCCUCUGACCAUCUGCCAUGAGAUCAACAGCAAGAGCCCGUUCUUCGAUCUGUCACAGCGCUCACUCAUGAACGAUCAGUUUGAGAUUGUUGUUAUCCUGGAGGGCAUCGUGGAGACCACUGGUAUGACAUGCCAGGCAAGGACAUCUUACACUGAAGAUGAAGUCUUGUGGGGUCAUCGCUUCCUCCCUGUCAUGUCACUUGAAGAGGGCUUUUUCAGAGUCGAUUACUCCCAGUUCCACAACACCUUUGAGGUCCCCACACCUCCCUACAGUGUCAAAGAGCAGGAGGAGAAGUCCUCACUGACGUCACCCAACCCUCUGCCUGUUGCACCUUCCUCUCCACUGCUGGGUAACAUCAGCCGAGUAGGCCGCAGGGAGAGGCUCCUGUCAGCUGACAAUGCAGAGCAUGUAGACGAUCAAGUCUCCAGGCUACCCAGCAAACUCCAGCGCAUGAGCUCCAGCAAGGAGGAGCAUCUCUGGAGGGGGCUGAAGACUGGGUCAGCCUUGCCUGGGGGGAAGGCCUCCAGCACAGGAGACCUGCCACUUAGUAUUCAGAGGCUGAGGUCCAGCUCCAUCCCGGUAGUGAGGCAAGGACAUCCUGAGGAGCAGGUCCAGCUGUUGUCCUUGGAUGGAGAAGCCGAGGAGGGUGAGCUGGAGAAACACAGAUUGCCAACAGCCGUUUGCACCAUUCCUGCUCCAACCCCAGCACCAGUCCAGAUCCCCUUGGUAGGGAGUCGGCCAGAGGACAACCUGCCUCCCAAACUGCGCAGAAUGAAUGCUGAUCGCUGA